CCGAAGUACACAAGCGUCGGAGCGCAGCUGUGCUGCCCUGUGGGCGGCCGACAACCAUGAAUCUCGGAGAUGGUUUGAAGCUGGAAACUGAAUCAAUGGAUGGAAGAACCAGGCUAAUAUUGUCUCCAUAUGAGCAUAAAUCAAAAAUGCCUGUGAAGAUGGGAAGUAAGGCCAAGAUUGUAAAAUACCCUUUAAAAAUGAAACAGACUGGCCGUGUUCUAAAACCAACUCGAAACACUUGUAUCAGAAGUGAAAACCUUGCGCCAAAGAAGACAGUUGGUUCAGAAACUAACUGUGAAGAAAGUAGGGGGACGUUUUCGCCCUGCGAGAGUUUCUGUGAGCAAUGUGCCGGUGAAGAUUGUCCUCGCACCCCGAUGGCGACUUCCUCACUUGCAGCUUCUAGUGCCCAGACUAGACCCUCCACGCACAUGUGUGUGUGUGACGAACGGAUGCCACAUGAAAGUGUGGCUAGCAGCAUGGCUUGUCUCACACAGGCCCAACUACAGCAGAUCUGGAUGGCUAUAAACCAAGGAAGUGGACCUAUUACCCAGCAGGAAAAGGGGGAGGAAACAAGUCAAGAUCCUUUACAUUUAAACACUAUUCUUAUGCAGCCAAAGGAUGAGAGUAUUAUGGGAUUGCUGCAAAGACCUGAGGCUGUUUCAUCUGUCCCAGAGGAUAAGCAGCACGUGUUCAAUAAAAAUCGAGAGGCCUCUAAACAGCUUGAACAGAAAACUGCCAUCGAGAAUGAGUGGAAACCAGCUGACAUAUUCAGCACGCUGGGGGAGAGGGAACGCCAUAGAAGUUUGUUGGAAGCAAGAAGAGCCCAGUGGAGAAAAGAUCUAGAUGAACAGGUUGCUUUAAAGAAGAAAGAAAAAGAAGCUUCUGAAAAGUGGAAUAGUCAUCGGAAAAAACCUGAAAAUGACAAAAUAGUAUUGGAAAAAUUUCAAAUUCCUGACCAUUCUAGGGAAGCAAGCCUGCUGGACCCGAGCAGCUCUGCAAAGCAAGAGCAGCAGAGAAAAUGGAUGGAAGAUUUUAGUAAGCAAGUAGAAGAGAACCAGCAAAAGAGAGCAGAGGAAAACCUUAGGCAUCCAAAGGGUGAAGAGCACAACAGAUGGGCAAUGCAUUCAGAUCCGCUAAGGAGUCAGCUGGGUUCCCAGUCUCAGCUGUCCUCUCCGCUAUCCUGCAAACACCCCGAGUACAUCUGUGUGUCUCCUGACACUCAGGAGCCGGCCAGUGGCAGCAAUACUUGCACGUCCAUACCUGCAAGCCAGGUUCAGCUGUCAGUAGAAGAGCAUGUUGCAAAACCUGGCGUGGCUGUGGCAAACAGUCAGAAAACAAACUUUCUCCGUUCUAUGACUGCACUCUUGGACCCAGCACAGAUUGAGGAACGGGACAGACGCCGACAGAAGCAAUUAGAACAUCAGAAAGCCAUCACUGCUCAGGUGGAAGAGAAGCGCAGGAAGAAGCAGCUGGAAGAGGAGCAGAGAAGGAAGGAGGAGCAAGAGGAGGAGAGGCGCUUGGCCCGGGAGCGAGAGGAGAUGCAGAGGCAGUAUGAAGAAGAUGUUCUCCGGCAGAAGCAGAAGGAGGAAACCAUGACCCUUAAGACAAACGAGCUGCUCCACACUGUGCAGAGAGCACAGGAACUGGCACAGAGACUGAAGCAAGAGCACAGGAUUCGAGAGCUGACCCGAAAAGGACAUGAUACCUCCAGGCUGAUUAAGAACCUCAGUAUUGACAACUCACGGUAUGACUUUGAUGAAGGUGGUGAUAACACAGAUGAAUGCAGCAGUUCUGCAAGCUUUCCCAAGAAGGACGCUGGUGUGCAAACAGAUGACUUAUGUUCCGGCAUGUUCACCAGUGCAUGGUCACCCUGUGGACCAGGAACAGAGAGGGCCACCGUAAAUGCCUCUCCUGAGGUCCCUGUGGAGUUUUAUGCACAGUUUUGUGCAAAGAAGGACAAGCAAGAAGUAAGUGUGGAUAAAGGUGUCCACUUAGAGAAAGAAAACAGCUGGUGUAAUGACCAGUAUAGUCCGUGCUUACGAACAGAGACACACACAAAGCUCAGUAAGGACAGUCCCAAAAAACCUGCUUGGAAUAUAAACAGGCCCCUCAAAAGGUAUGUUCCUGCAUCAGAAAAGUAUCCUAAACAGCUUCAGAAGCAGAGAGAAGAAAAAAAGAUGAGAAGACAGAUGGAACUGCUUCAUUUGGUGGAGAGAAAUCACCGUGAAAACCUCUCUGAAAAGAGAGGCUUUUCUGCAGAAGCUGUCACUUCCUCCCAUGAGGAACCAGAGUCAGAGUCCAGGGGACACCGAAUCAAAGAGGAAGAAGAAGCCCUGAAAAUUCCCUCUUCCAGUAAAGAAAGGUUUCAAUUACUGGUUCCAGCAUUAAACAACAGAACCCAACAAACUCAGACUAUUUCAUCACACAUACCACUAAAAGAUAGUGGCCACGAACGAGAGACCUCAGAAAAUGCUCCACUAGAACUAUCAAAUAGGGUAUCUGAGCCUUCUCAUUUUAUUCCUUAUGUUCGGACAAAUGAAAUCUAUUACCUUGAUCCAGACGCACCUUUGUCUAGACCUUCAACCCAGGCUUCUCAAUACCAAAAUUCACAUGAUUGUGACAAAGAACGACAGCUGCCUGGCUCUGACCAGCCCAAGGAUCCACUUCUUAAUCCCAGUCUGGUGAAAAACAGGGAUCGACAGCAAGCAAUUCUUAAGGGGCUUUCAGAACUGAGACAGGGUCUUCUGCAGAAGCAAAAGGAGUUGGAAACUAAUCUCAUACCUUUAGCAGCAAACCAAGAAGACAAUUUUAGUUCUCUACUUUAAAUGUACUCAUUGCUCAGGUCUAAAUUUUUCAAGCACCCACUGAAUAAUUGCACAUUGUGUACUAAACAUGCUCUACUUUUAAUAUAAUAAAUGGAUAUUUUUUUA